AAGAUAGAAAUAACGCACGCGGUAGCAUUUCUUCUUUCGACGUCAGUAAUGCUAAAGCGGUGAGAGACUAGAGAUGAGAUCAAACUAAGACACAGACAAACGCUCUUAUGAUUACUCAAUAGCAUAUAUCUUGUUUUUAAACUUGCGUCAAACACUUUUACAAGAGGCUGUGUGUGCGUUCGCUUGUCGUCUUUCACACUACAGUUGAAUGAAGGAGUUUGUUCCCUUGGAGACGCCGUAGCGGCGGCUGUGCGCGCAGUUUCCGCCCACCCCGACCUCAGCAGGAAGCGAGCGGACCACAGUGGAAGUAAGCGAACUAUCAAAACAAAGUAACUGCACCUACAGCACCGCAUCAUUCCCAGCACAACUGAAGCUUACGGCCCAUAUCAUCAUCAUGGACGGUGUGCCGACCCCUCUGCGAUGCUUCAACGAGUGCCACUCCGCGGAAAUGUUCGUGGAUGACGGGGUGGAAUCGGUGACUUCAGUGGAGCAGAAAAAAGUGGAACACAGCAUUGAAGAAGUCAUCAGUGUUUACAAGCAGAUACACAGCUUACCGCAGCCGACGUUGUUGCGGGAACAACACUACCAAUAUCUCAAGAAGGGCUUACGUCACUUAUCAGAUGCUUAUGAGUGUCUGGAUGCUAGCAGACCGUGGCUUUGCUUCUGGAUCCUUCACAGUCUGGAGUUACUAGAGGAGCCCAUUCCUGCUGCUGUAGCCUCAGAUGUGUGUCAGUUUCUGGCUCGCUGUCAGAGUCCGACUGGGGGUUUUGCUGGAGGACCAGGACAACACGCCCACCUUGCACCUACUUAUGCUGCUGUCAACGCCCUCUGUAUCAUCGGCACAGAAGAGGCCUAUAAUGUUAUAAACAGGGAGAAGCUGUUAGAUUUCCUAUGGUCAGUGAAGCAGCCAGACGGCUCGUUCGUGAUGCACGUCGGAGGGGAGGUGGAUGUCAGGAGCGCAUACUGUGCAGCUUCUGUAGCAUCGCUCACAAACAUCCUCACGCCGAAGCUGUUUGAGGACACGACCAACUGGAUCCUCAGCUGUCAGAACUGGGAGGGCGGUCUGAGCGGGGUGCCAGGUUUGGAGGCCCACGGUGGCUACACUUUCUGUGGUACAGCCGCCCUCGUCAUCCUGGGGAAAGAACAUAUGCUGGAUCUCAAAGCCUUGCUGCGGUGGGUGGUCAGCAGACAGAUGCGUUUCGAGGGAGGCUUCCAGGGCCGCUGCAACAAGCUGGUGGACGGCUGCUACUCUUUCUGGCAGGCUGGACUCCUGCCUCUACUCCACAGAGCCUUAUUCAAAGAAGGAGAGUCCGAGCUGAGUCGGCAGCGGUGGAUGUUCGAGCAGCAGGCCCUGCAGGAGUACAUCCUCCUGUGCUGUCAGAACCCAACAGGGGGCCUCCUGGAUAAGCCUGGCAAGUCCAGAGAUUUCUACCACACGUGUUACUGCCUGAGCGGCCUCUCCAUCGCACAGCACUUUGGGAACGUGGACCUCCAUCAUGAGAUGAUCCUUGGCAGGGAGGAGAACAGAUUGGCUCCGACUCACCCAGUUUACAACAUUUGUCCAGAGAAGGUGGCUCAGGCCGUGCAGCACUUCCUCCGGCUGCCCGUCCCCGACGUCAACAAGCAGCCCGCUGCUUCCACUGGCGAAAGACCGGAAGAUUCUGCCUCCGCUUCCGGAUCAGCGGACCAUCAGUCCUAGGUAGUCCUCAGAGACGUCACUGCGCGUGGAACCUGCCAACUCUGGGAAAGGACUCGAACCAGCAAACAGCGGUCAGGUCUGUCGUAGACGAGCCCGAAGAAGUGGUUCGAGGGUCGACCCUCAGUAGAAACGAGGGCUGGAGUUUAGGAGCAGUUUGCCUGAGUUAAAGGUCGACAGUCGGUUCUGGACAGCUUCGCAUUCAGCUGAGUUUUUGCUUGCAAUGCCUCCUAUUUUCAUUGUCUGAAAUAAAAGUGAAACUUUCUAAAGUUACAGUUAACGGAAGUUAAUAAAACUUUUUAUAAUGGU